AUGAGGAUCUGUCUGAGCGCCUCCUGGUCCUUCCCAGCUCUGCACUCUACUGGCGCCAUUCGGGUGGGGCAGGGUCAUAGUUACCUCUAUGAGCAGGCCCGGCCACCCGGCCUUUUCAAUGCCCCAUCUCCCCCUCACCCUCGGGCCUCCCACCUGCUGGUGUCCUUCAGCAGCCUGGGCCUCUCCUGCCCUGCUGUCCUGUCCAAUCAGCCCGCUGACAGGGAGGGAGAGCCUGUGAAAUCCCACCUCUCAGCUGUUCUCACGGAGCUGGAGACACUCUACACCACCCCUCCCCUGCUCCACCCAGGUAUCAUUCAAUUUCAGCGCAAUUCGCGUCCUCAGAUCUUCCCAGGGGACAUCAUAGAGUUUCCCCGGAGCAAACACUUCUCUCACUUUGGCAUCUACUACGGAGAGAGAGACGGGGUACCUUAUGUGGCUCACCUGACAUCACGGGACUCGGACGCAAAGCUCCUCCUGUACGGUAGAGCCCUGAAGUCCAGCUUGAAGCUGGACCCGCUGGACCUGGUUGGGAAGAAAUACAAAGUGAGCAACUAUCUAGACGACAAGCACACUCCACGGGAUUUCUACGCGCUGAUCAAGCCGGAGAUCGACGAAGCCAUGGGCAAAAUGGUGACCUACGACAUCCUGUUUCACAAUUGUGAGCAUCAGGCCACUCUCUUCCGCUAUGGAGUGAAGAAAUCAAUGCAGAUUGACAAAAUCUACACCAAGAUUUUCCCCACCUGGAAAGAACUAUUUGAGAAGAAAAAGUUGUGA